AUGAUUACCACCAGCACCGCAAACCCCGCGACCACGCUCGACACGCCGUACACAUACGCGUGCCGCCUCCUCAGCACCGUCAGCUCGGCCACCCACGUUGACACCGUCGUCAGACAACCGCAGAACCCGUCCUCGACGCCCUGCAACACCUGGCACCCGACCACGCCCCCGAUUCCCGCGUGCCCCAGGUCCCAACACGCGCCGAGCACCGCAGCACCAGUGACGUUGACUGCGAACGUGCCUAGCGGGAACGCCGGCGCCCCCCAGCGGGGCAAAGACGAGCGAGAAUACGGCCUGGCCGCGCCAGGCGUCUCGCGGGGGAAAGACGGCGAGGAGCACCGCGCCGAGCCAGGCGCCCCAGCCGAGGAGCACGGCGGCGUGGUCGAGCGGGUUGCGCCCGCGCGAGUACGGAAGGGAUGCGCCGAGAGCGAGAGGGCCACGGUGGUGAAAAUGACGGCGAGCGCCGCCAUGAAGGAGUCCCCGCCGCCCCGCGCUUCGGGCGCCGCGCCGCCCGCGCCGGGUAGAUCAUUGCUCGCGGCGAGGAAGACGUCGCGGAUGAAGGAUGAGAAGGACGUGAAGGAGCCGCAGAAGCCUGUGGCAAGGCCAAUGUACAGGGGGAUUGUCUUCUUGAUCGCGAGGUGGGCCUUCUUCGCGGCCGCCACGUCGGCCACCGCGCCGCCACCGCUGUUGAAGACAUCUGGCCGUCGCCCCGCCCCGUGGACCUGGUCGUGGUACAUCGCCGCGCCCCGUUCCUGCUUGAACAGUUUCCGGUCCUCGGCAAGAAAGCCCAUGAUCAAGCUGCCGCCCACGUUGGCCCAGAGGACGCCAAAGGACACGGGCGCGCCGGGGUAG